AAGAGAGAGAGAGGGGGCGGCGUUAGACAAUACCAUUCCUCAAAUAUAUUCCAUCCCCUCCGUCCCUGAAGUGAGCCUUUAUUAGUCCGGAUCGUUUGGAUCUUAUCUCGCAUAUGACACCAGGAAGAGUGGAGCACCACGGAGCGGAUUACCUGCGAGCUGCUGCCCGAUCCGCUGCGUCCUCACCCGGGGAGAGCCUCGCCGCUGCGCCCCUCUCCUCCCCAGCUUCCACAGGCGGAUGGACCAGGAGCUCCGGCUGCACUUUCUCCGCUAUCUGCCCACAAUCUGCGCCUCUAUUGUCUCUGGAUCACACGGGGGGGCUCUCUGAUCCCACUCCACUCUUAUCUUUUUUUUUUCUUCUCUCCUCUCUUUUUAAUCUGAUCACUAAUCAGCUGUUAAGACUUCUUCUUCUUUUCUUUUCACGUGCAUAAACAUUUCCCCUCCUGCGUGACGUUUGACCCCCACGCGCGAUUCCCAUGUUGCAAGUUACGCGGCUGCAAAAGUGCAAUUAGUUUUUAUUUAUUAUUUAAAUUUUUUUAAUUUUCCUCAAGACGCAUCUCUUCUGUGGAAUAUGAGUUAAUUUGGAGUUGAAGUUCGUUUGCAGAAGAUUUUGCCUCCAAACUCUUUGUCAAGGUUCCUAAGGAGGAGAGAAGACACACAGCGGAGAAUAAAGAUGAUGCUGAGCCCGGACCAGGCGGAGGCCGACCUCUCCUGGACUCAGUCCGACCCGGAGUCCCUGCUCAACGGCCUCAAGUCCGCCGGCUGCACCUCGGACGAGCCUGCGGAGGGCGAGGAGAGGGCCAAGUGCAAAGCCGACCAGCCCCUGAGCCGGGAGGAGAAGAGGAGGCGGCGGAGGGCCACGGCCAAGUACCGCUCGGCCCACGCCACCAGAGAGCGGAUCCGGGUGGAGGCGUUCAACGUGGCCUUCGCGGAGCUGAGGAAAUUACUCCCCACGCUGCCUCCGGACAAGAAACUGUCCAAGAUCGAGAUCCUCAGACUGGCUAUAUGCUACAUCUCCUAUCUCAACCACGUGCUGGAUGUUUAAAAAGUGGCCCCCCAACGAGGCGGUUUGGGGUUUUUGGGGGGUUUGGACUCAAAAAAGCGCAUGCUGGGCGUUA